UCAUCCAACAACAAGCGGAGCAGCCAGCAAACAUGGCCGACCUCGGGAAGAAGAAGUACUGCGUGAACUGCCUUGCAGACGUCACCAACCUGCGGCUCCGCUGCACCGACUGCCCCGACAUCGAGCUGUGCCCCGAGUGCUUCUCGGCCGGUGCGGAGAUAGGGACCCACCGGAGGUGGCACGGCUACCAGCAGGUGGACGGCGGCCGCUUCCCCCUCUGGGGUCCGGAGGCGGAGGGAGGCUGGACCGGCAGGGAGGAGCAGGCGCUGCUCGAUGCCAUCGAGCAGUAUGGCUUUGGAAACUGGGAGGACAUGGCCACGCACGUGGGUGCCUCGCGGACGCCCCAGGAGGUCAUGGAGCACUACGUCACCAUGUACAUCCACGGCAACCUGGGCAAGGCCUGCAUCCCCGACAACAUCCCCAACCGCGUCACGGACCACACCUGUCCCAGCGGGGGGCCCCUUUCCCCGUCCCUCACCACCCCGCUGCCCCCGCUGGACGUGUCCCUGGCCGAGCAGCAGCAGCUGGGCUACAUGCCGCUGCGGGACGACUAUGAGGUGGAGUACGACCAGGACGCCGAGAAGCUCAUCAGCGGCCUGUCGGUGAACUACGACGACGAGGACGUGGACAUCGAGAUGAAGCGCGCCCACGUCGACAUGUACGUGCGCAAGCUGCGCGAGCGCCAGCGCCGCAAGAACGUGGCCCGCGACUACAGCCUGGUGCCGGCCUUCCUCGGCCGCGACAAGAAGGACAAGGAGAGGCCGGGGGGGGGAGGAGGAGGAGGAGGAGGAGGAGGAGUAGGAGGAGGGACGGCUGGGAGCACGGCGGCGGCGGCGGGGGGAGGAGGAGGAGCCCCGGCCACGCCCAAGCGCAAGAUCACCAAGGAGGAGAAGGAGCAGCGGGCGCGCCUGCGGGUGCUCUGCCAGUUCAUGGCCCACCGGGAGUUCGAGGAGUUCUUCGACAACGUGCACAAGGAGCGCGCGCUGCGGGCCAAGGUGCGCGAGCUGCAGCGCUACCGGCGCAACGGCAUCGCGCGGCUGGACGAGGCGGCCGAGUACGAGGCGGCGCGGCACAAGCGCGAGAAGCGCAAGGAGAACGUCAAGGGCGUGUCGCUGUCGUCGAAGCGGGGGGGCGGAGGGGCGGGGUUGGCCGGAGGCGGAGGCGGAGGGGGCGGGGGCGGGGCGCCGGGGUCCGGAGGCGUCCUCGGGAUCGGAGCCGGCGGGGCGGGCAUCGGAGGAGGAGGAGGGGGCGUGGCGGGGAUCAAAGAGGAGGGCAAGGACGGGGAGUUUUCCGCCAUCGAGAACCUGGGGGGCUUCGAGCUGCUGUCGGACCGCGAGAAGGUGCUGUGCAGCUCGCUGAACCUCAGCCCCGGGCGCUACCUCACCGUCAAGACCCUCAUCAUCAAGGACCACCUGCAGAAGAGGCAGGGCAUCCCGGCAAAGAGCCGGCUGCCCGGCUACCUGGACAAGGUGCUCAGGAAGCGCAUCCUCACCUUCCUGACGGAGAGCGGCUGGAUCUCGCGGGACGCCUCCUAACAGCGGGACGUCCCCGCCGUCGCUUGUUUAUUGGCUGUUGGUGAGAGAGAGAGAGACGAUUACCGGUCGGGCCGUGCUUGCUCGUGAGUAUUGUACCCCCCCCCCCCCCCCCCCCUUUUUUUCAAAGUAUAACUUGAAUAAUUGCAAGGAGAGAACAAACAACAUUUUGAAUUUAAGUAUUUCCAGUAUUUUCAUACCAAUGGUAACGGUGAAAUCAUAGGCCUUUAUUUUUGCAUUAAAGUACAGAGACCCUAUGGUAAUAUGAAUCAAACAGAGGUUUACCUGGUGAGUGUGCAUCACUGAGGGUUAACUCUCAUUGACGUAGAAACUGAGAAGGUUCAGGCUGAACACUGACCCAGCCAGUGACUGUUCUUUAUUAUGGCAGCUCAUAAUGGACGAUGUUGAUUCGUGUUGGAGACUGUGAUCACCUAACCUUACAUAACCUUUCAGCGCUGAAAGCCGAGAGGGAUUGAAAUUAAUAUUUCCAUUGAACGUAAAAGGAGGUUAUUCUGGAAGGCACAGAGAUGGAACUAUGGCUCCAAUGGAGCCCUGGAAUUAUUACAGUUUGCUAGAGCAGUUGUUUUAUAUCUAAAGCUUUUGCAUUUCGGCACCCAGUAGAUCAAAAGUCGGAUAAGACCUAGCUUAAUUUGCUCAACAGACUGUGAUAACAUUGCUCUGAUUCCCCCAGAGUACUUAUAAAGAGGAAAGCCUAGUCUUUAGGGCAUUAUAUAUUAAAGAAAACAAACAUUUUGGACACAAUUUUGUGCCUGUCCCGGCACGUACAGUCAUUGUUUUAACUCAUGGUUUGCUCUGUUUUGGUUAUUAUAAUGCAUGGCUAGUGAAUGCGUUCAUCUGUUUCAUCUCCUUUUAAUGGCGCCUUCUUCAAGGAUGGAGAAAGGUGGUUGUGUCUUGACUUAUGUUUUGUCACCCUGAAACACUGUGGCUCAUUGCCAACCUCACAUUCUGGAUGUGCACCUUGGAAGUGCUGAGCAGUAACCAGUUCACUUGAAUAGCUUAUCAAUAAUAUCCAAAUGUCAGGUUAUUAGUUGGUUUGGGCAAGUAGUUUGAAAAGUAGGUGUCAUUGUUAAGCCUACAAGUGAAGUGUGUUUAAUAUUUGUUGAUUGUCUUCCAAUGCUUCCUCCCUCUGAGCCUAUCAUUGUCCAAAUCUUCAUUGUUCUUGUGAAGAGAGAAAGGGUCUCAUAAUGGGAUGUUUAAAUGUUCAUCGGGCACAGCGAAGAUCAUUUCCCUUCAUCUGCAUUUGAGAAAAAAAAGUUACUUGAGACGGGGAGCUAGGUGGGAUUAAUUGGACAGGGGAAUGACAGAUCCAGAAUGUGUGUGGUCUUUUGUCAGGACUGUCAGGACCUGUAAAAAGAUGCUACAUUUGCACACAAAAAGCAUGAUUAAUACUUUUUCUCAAAGAUCCCCCCAUACCAUCCUUCAUGUUUUUGGCAGUGGGUACGUCGUAUGUCAGUGGAGGCUUUCCUGCAUUUUGACCAUGGCAGUUUUUUUCAUCGUUUAAGUGAGGGAACUCCUUUUUCAUUGGAUAGUGUGGUUGGAUCCAUUCAACAUAAUACGUGAUUGUGUAACAGUCUUCUUCUUUCCUACUGCGGAGAGAAAGCCGUCGCUGUCUCAAGUAUUUGACCAAAAUGUUGUAAUUCUGCAUGUGAAGCUAGCUGUUGGGUUCCCCAUAAGAUUCACUUCAUGGAUACAUGUCUCUGAAAAAAUAGCAAUUCAAUUCAAUAUUGUUUCAUGUUUUGGGGGAAUAUAUUUUCUAUUAUACGUUGUGCUGGAUUUCUUCUUUUAGACAUGCAACAACUUUGUAAAUAAUUUUGUACGAUAAAUCUGAGAAGAGGUUAAAAUACUGACCUGUGAAAUGUACAGUAUUUUAUUUCAGAAUUGUAUAGCUUUUGUAAUUAAGACCAGCAAAUAUAGGAGGGUGUGUAAAAUCCAUUUUUCUAAACCUCCGUCUAGUCAUGGCAUGUUUUCGAGAUGUUCCAUUUUAUACCAAUAGUUUAUUCAUAAGUCUAUAUAAACUUACAUUUGUGCGUUUUUGCUGUUCUAUUAACUGUGGUUGCACAUGACACGGUGUGUAUGUUUUUGUAUUAAAAAGGUGCAAAUGCUUUAUACUUUCAAAUAUGCCUGUUCAUUCGUCAACAUUUUUGACAACUAUUUCCUCAGCAUCUCAUUGAUACUGACCAUUAACCUGCUUUUGCUGAGGCAUCUGUAUCACUACUUUAAGCACAGAUUAUGUAGCAGUAGAACUCUAAAAAAUGAUCUCGUCACAACCCUGCUUUUUUUUGCGUUUCAUAUUGCCAAUAAGAAAACAAUCUGAUUGAAGCUGAACUGAGCUCAACUCCCUGCAUGCUGUGCAGUGCACUCAAGGUAUUGAAUCAAGGCUUCCACCCAUUUAAAUGCUACGUUUUUACACAACAGCCUGUCAACUUCCAAAACACAGUUGACAUCCUUUGUCCAUUAACCAAAUACUGUUAUAAAGGGGAGAACGAAACAAAAAUGAUCUACACAUUUAUUUAGAUGCUGUAGUACUGGAGGUUGCUUUGCUAAACAACCUUACAGGACGGUGAUAUUCCAAACACUCAACACCAUCAUGAAAAAUCUUCCCAUGAUGACGUUGAAAUAACCAAGGUGUUAUCUACACAGCCAACAGUUCAAAAUAAGUUUCCGUCCAGAGUUAGAACCCAAUGGCUUGUUCAAUUCUUCAGUCCCCAUAAAAUGCACAUGAUAAAUGACAAAACAAAGUUUAUUAUUAAACAUACAUUCAAUUUGUUUAUAUAAAGUAGACUAAAAUCUCUGGAAUGAACCCAAAAUGCUGGGUAUCUAAUAGCAUUCUGACAGGUGUACUUCUGGUUUCACGUGUAGCAGCCCAAUACAACAUAAAACAUUGUAGGAAAUCUCACCAAAACAUCUUGGUUCUAUAAAUAGUUCAAGCAAAGGUUUCAGUGAAGAUUUCUGAAAUCUCCAAAAAAGCAUGAAGUCUCAUUCAGGUGUGGUAUUUUUAUUUUAUGGAUUUGUUUCCUGCAAUGAUGUAUGUACAAUGUGUACGCCAUCCAUAGAUGUUAGAGGUCACCCAAACUCUCAAGUCAAAUGAAUUAUACACGACUUUAAACUGAAAUCUGACAAGAAAUACUAAGGCUGUACAGAUCCUGAAAAGUGUUAAAAAAACAAACAACUGGAUUGGAUGUGUAGCAUUCCCAGACAGGCUUCAGUCCGAGUCGAUUCCGAUUCGAUUCCCAGUCUUUCCCAGGUAUCACGAGACAGAGGGAGAGUGGAGCUCCAUCAGUCCUCUGUACCUGGAUCAUUUCUCUUUGCGUUGAGGUAAACCCUUCCUUUUAGGAGGCUUUGGCCACGCCCACCAGCGCCGGCCGCAGGGUGCGCCCGUGGAGCUUGUAGCCCACCUUGGUCACCACGGCGACAGUGCCGGGGACCUUGCCGUCAAUGGGCGUGUGGAAGAGCGCCUCGUGCUCGUAGGGGUCAAACUUCUGCCCGUCGGGGUUGAUCUUGACCAGGCCGUGCUUGGUGAACACCUUCUGGACCUGAGCCUCCGUCAUCACCAGCCCGUCGUACAGGCUCUUCAGGUGAGGGUUCCUCGCCGUCACCUCCUCCUUGGGCACGCUCUCGGUGGCCUUCUCCAAGAUGUCCGCCACCUCCAGCAGGUCCUUGCAUAAGCCUUGGACGCCUGGGUGGGGGGAGAGGGCUUGUUAUACGUUUUGGUUGUAUAGCACUAUUCUAAAUGAUUAAAGGGGUGCCAUUAUGCUUUUUUCGACUUUUCCCUCCGCUUUAGACAGUAAUAUGGCGUUUGUAUACAUGUCUGAUAAACUAAAAAAAUAUUAGUCUGAGCCAGGGGGAGUAAUCAUGCCCACUGAGAAUGCCCCUCAAUAAGUGAUGAAAAUAAAAAGGGGUAUUUGUGAAAUACAGGCAUGUAACCCUAUUUUAGUAGUACCCCACAUGUAAUUAGUAACCCUAAAAAGCAUGAUAUGGGUUCUUUAAUAAUCAAAUAGUGAAACACAAACAAGGACAUAUCAAUUAAACAGAGUUGCAUUGAGACAUUCAAAGAGCAUUAGAAUAAGAUCAUCGUAGAGUUGAGGAAAGUUUGUUCCGAUUUUACAAAAGGUGUGUUUCCAGUGAUGCAUUGAAAGAGGGACUGUGUCCCAGGUGAUGUGUCUAAGCAACAGUGGCUGGGGUACGUUCAAGAGGCAGUGAGUGGUUGUGUGGCCAUGGUGGACCCUACCGUAUAGUUUUGCAUCCUCCACCAUCUUCUGACUCCUGACCCGCAGGUUCUCUGUGUCUGCGAGUGCUCGCUUGUACUUUUCCUUGAAGAAACAGAAAGAUAUGGAAGGUUAAUAGGCUACAAAAAACAUUUGUAAUACAAAAUGUACCACAAAUGUCAUUGGGCGAUUAUUAUGAUCAGGUCACAUGGAAUGAAAUAUGACCAGUAUCAGUACCCCCAAGAUAUAAAUUGUAUAGUAAUGUAUGGUUUCAAUAAUUUAGCAUAAUCUGCUCAAUAUGGUUUCAUGUUUUGGGGGGAAUAUUUUCUAUUAUACGUUGUGUAGGUCUUCUAAUAGACAUGUAAUAACUUUGUUAAUCAUUUUCUACGAUAAAUCUGAGAAAAGAGGUAAAAAUACCGACCUGUUAAAAUGGACAGUAUUUUAUUUCAGAAUUAUACAGCUUGGCCAACAUCAACUUUUCAUAUUGUGAACUUUUAAAUGCUUGAGAUAGGUGGUUUGUCAGAUUUUUUUUUUUUAAAGAUUUGUAUCCAAUGACCGGGCAUUCUAUUACGGAUGAAUGCUUGUCGUUUUAGGCAAACUCACUGUGACUUCCUUGAGCUGCCCUUCAAGCUGGCUCUUCUCCUCGGCCGAGGCCUUCUCCGCGGCACUCUGCUCCAGCUUCUCGGCCUCGUCCUCCGGUCCCUGGCCGUUCUGGCGCUGGGCGGCCGUACAUAACCACCGAGGGGACGACCUGAUAGGACAAGUAGAUGCAAUUAUGGGAGAUUCUGACGCACAUGAGGGCAUGUUGACGUUAGGACAGGAAGGCUCCGUUGGUGCGUAUAGUACACUUUUAUGUUGUUUUAUAUAUAUAUAAAAUGUAUAUGGAUGGUAUUCCAGACAAUAUUACAUGCCUGUCCUUCUUGUUUAAAAAAACAAACCCAAAGCUCCUCAAGAUCUAACCAAUUAACCAAGACAUCACCAUGUCUGGUUAUGUCAUCAUCUCUCCGUCCCGGGUUCAAUACCCGGUCAUAACUACGAAUUCUGAUCAAUAGACUCAACGCUAAACAUGUGUUGUAUUAUAUGGCACACGCCAAUAUACUGAACGUGUGACCUUGUUGAAGAAAAUAUGUAAAGGAUAAAUUGAUCCACUGUUAUGACACCCUGGCUGCUGAGGACUUUGGGAGUAAUACCCAUAAAAAUACAUUAAUACAUUAAUACACCUGUAUCAUUUGAACCCUUACAGCAAAACGAACCCUUUAUGACGAUGUAUUUAACACAAAUUUACCUUGAUAAUGAAGGUGAAGCCAGAUAGAGGUAGCUCUGUCUCGCUGCUCGCACACACAGGUUCGCCAUUUUCGCAGUGAACGCGAUAAUGGGACAGACAAGCACGCUGGCAGAAGCCAGACGAUACGAACCAAUCAAAACCAUGGUAGGAGGGGUUACAAAGACUU